UCGUCCCACAACCACUGCUACGUACCCCUCGCACCCAACCACCUCCUCCUCAUCUUCUUCUUCUAGCAGUCUCCAUCGGGUCUCCCACCUCCCCUCCGUCUCAUCGUGUACGCUACGUACGAGAAACCACCAGCCAAUACCGCGUCCUCUCCUCUCCUCAUCGCCGCCACCUCGAGGGGCGCGCGCGCGUGCGUGCUCCUUCCUGCUAAGUAGGUACGUAGGGGACCGGACGGAUCGGAGUCGGACCAUCAGGAUGGACGUCGGCGGCGGCAGCAGCGGCGGCGGUGGCGAGGAGGAGGAGGUGGACCGGGCCGCCGGCGCCGGCAGCAGCCAGCCGCAGCGGAUGAAGAUCGGCUGGCCCACGGACGUGCGCCACGUCGCACACGUCACCUUCGACCGCUUCCACGGCUUCCGCGGCGUCCCCGCCGAGCUCCAGCCCGAGCCCGCCCUCGCCAAGGCCCCCAGCGCCAGCAAGACGGCGUUCGGCGUGUCGACGGAGUCGAUGCAGUGCGCGCACGACGCGCGGGGGAACAGCGUGCCCACCAUCCUGCUCCUCCUGCAGCGCCGCCUGUACGAGCAGGGCGGGCUCAGGACGGAGGGCAUCUUCCGCGUGGCCGCCGACGGCGCGCAGGAGCAGCGCGUCAGGGACCAGCUCGACCUCGCCGCCUCCGUGCCGGACGACGCCGACGUGCACUGCCUCGCGGGGCUCAUCAAGGCCUGGUUCAGGGAGCUGCCGGGGGGCCUCCUCGACGCGCUGCCGGAGGAGGAGGUGGCGCGCUGCGCCACGGAGGACGCGGCGGCUAGGCUGAUCGGCAAGCUGCCGGCGGCCAAGGCGGCGCUGCUCGACUGGGCGGUGCAGCUCAUGGCGGACGUGGCGAGCGAGGAGGCGCGGAACCGGAUGGGCACCCGCAACAUCGCCAUGGUCUUCGCGCCCAACAUGACGGAGGAGGUGGAUCCUCUGACGGCGCUCAAGUACGCGGUGCAGGUGAUGAACUUCCUGAACCUGCUCAUCGAGCGGGCGCUCCGACAAAGGCAGCAAGACCAGAAGAAGAAGCAGCCUAAAUAGUUAAUUGAUUGCUUGAUUGACGUACGCUUUGGUUAAUUCGAUUAGUCCCGUGGUUAGUUAAUUUCGUUCACUUGGGUGUCCAUCGACUAAGCUGACUUUGUAUGUACCUCAGCCUAGCUAGGACCCAGCAAAUCAGCUAGAUGUGUGCGUGCGUCUGUUAAUCAUGUCUGAUUUCUCCUUUGGAUAUAUACGUGUGCUCUUUGAAUGGUUAAUUCGGAUUUACUUUCUGUUGUGUA